GGACUUGGAGUUCCAUGGCGUGAUGCGGUUCUACUUCCAGGAUCGGGUCGCCGGUAACUUUGCCACCAAGUGCAUCAGAGUGUCCAGCACAGCGACAACGCAGGACGUCAUCGAGACGUUAGCAGAGAAGUUCAGACCGGACAUGAGGAUGCUCUCCUCGCCAAAGUACUCCCUGUAUGAAGUCCACGUCAGUGGCGAGCGUCAGCUGGACCUGGACGAGAAGCCUCUUGUUGUUCAGCUGAACUGGAACAAAGACGACAGAGAAGGGCGCUUUGUCCUGAAGAACGAGAACGACAUCCUUCCCAAGAAGAGUCAGAGUAAUGGUCCGGAGAAGGAGAAGGACGGAGUGAUCCAAAACUUCAAGAGGACUUUGUCCAAGAAGGAGAAGAAGAAGGAGAAGAAGAGGGAGAAGGAGUUCGCCCGGAUCCCCGACGGAGACGAGCAGGCGCUCCCCCGAGAGGACGGUGAAAACAGUCGUCUAGCAGCGGAGGUGUACAAGGACAUGCCUGAGACCAGCUUCACUCGGACGAUCUCAAACCCAGAGGUGGUGAUGAAGAGGAGACGCCAGCAGAAACUGGAGAAACGGAUGCAGGAGUUCAUGAGCAGCGACGGGAGGCCAGACUCGGGGGGCACUUUGCGGAUAUACGCCGACAGCCUGAAGCCCAACAUCCCGUAUAAGACCAUCCUGCUCUCCACCAGAGACACGGCUGACCUUGCCGUGGUGGAGGCGCUGGAGAAGUACGGGCUGGAGAAGGAGAACCCCAGAGAGUACUGCAUCGCUCGGCAAGAUGACAAAUCGAGCAAAGACGUGAUUCUGGACGAUUCUGAGUGUCCGCUGCAGAUCUUCAGGGACUGGCCAGCUGACAGAGGAGCCCUUGUGUUCCAGCUGAAGAAGAGACCGCCCGACUACCAGGGGAGGAAGGCAAGGAAAAUGGAGGACAAGGGUCUGCGGAGAGACGGCAGCAGCAGCUCACUGCCUCCUGAGAAACUGCCUUACCUGGUGGAGCUGAGCCCAGGUACAACCACAACACAAACACGCUCACAAAGCACCACAGC